AAACAGACGGUCAGCCGGUGUUGGAGGCCGAUGGGGCUUGGGGAAUGGUAUUGGCCCUCGGUGCUUCCAACAAAAAGUCGGAUUAUUGUUGACAGCCAGUCUGACCGGUUUUUCUAGUACUUAGGACGAUCUCUCUCAGGACGACGCGUGAAGGGUUGAAAGCCUGUUAGUUGCUCUUCCAUCGUUGUACGAAGCCGGCUGCUCUGCUUGAAGUCUGAAGAUUCAACUAAUCGUUCUCAGUUUGCGGUUGUUGGAUAUUAAAGAUGAUUGGGGCACUUUAUCUCAACCUCUAUAAUACUUUCCAGCUUUCUGGGUGGGCAUAUUUAUGUUUCCUGACCUGGUCACACCUGGGAGAAAAGCAAUCCAUGGAUGGUUUGUGGGAAAGGACUGAGCUGCCAUUGAAGAUUUUCCAGACUGCAAUGGUUAUUGAGGUUGUGCACUGUCUGGUGGGUCUGGUCCGCUCCAGCCCCGUCACCACGGCCAUGCAGAUCGUCUCGCGCGUGUUCAUCGUUUGGCUCAUCCUGGAGCAGGUGCCCGACACACGGACGGCGCCAGGUCUGCUGCUCUGCCUGACCGCCUGGCCGUUCGCCGAGAUGGUCCGCUACCUUUACUACCUGGCCAACGCGCUCGGAUGGGUGCCCUACCUCCUCACCUGGGCCAGGUACAGCUUCUUCCUGGUACUGUACCCGCUGGGUGUGGCCGGCGAGACGCUCAGCUGCUACGCGGCGCUGCCCUACUGCAAGGAGAAGCGGCCGCUCGACGUGAGCAUGCCGAACGCCUUCAACUUUACCUUCAACACUUACUACGUGCUGAUCGGUAUCAUGCUGCUCUAUAUCCCCGGUCUGCCCGUCAUGUACCAGUACAUGCUGAGCCAGCGGCGGAAGGUGCUGGGCGGUGCCAAGACCAAGAGUCAGUAGUGGAGCUCGGAAACGACAACCGUCCCAGCCCGGCGACUUUUUGCGGGGAUGGUCUACAGAUUGCGUCUGUGGAGCACGGUGCGCCUGACAUUCCAGUGGCGUAUUUGUGAGCUUGGUCGAGGGUGAUGCUCAAUGGGUGAUUUCAGUGUGUACUGAAAUGAAAUGAAAUGGAUUUUGAAAGGAUUGAAUGGAUGGGCAAUAUACAACCGCGGUGUCAGUGGUGGUGACGUAACA